AUGGAGCCAGAAACGUUUGUUGUUGUGCUUGAGAUCGGCAUUGUCUCACACUCGCCAUCGCUUAUGCAUCUUCUUAGAUGCCCUCGACAAAUGCAGAACGUGGAGGACGAUUUAUCUCUUCUGCUCGAGAGCGUCAAGAUUUGCAUCUCGAGUCGACCGUCUCCAUUCUUGAACGAUGAAUUCGAGGACUGUCCCAAACUGCGACUUCAAGAUUUUACCAAGCGGGAUAUCACUACAUGUGUGCAUGAUAACCUCAUCGAGCAUAUUGCCAAGAGGUUUUCAAUCGGCAAAGACUCAGAGCAAACCUCCUUGCUCGUCGAUACAGUCGUUCACAAAGCUGAAGGGGUCUUUCUUUGGGUACGUCUGGCCGUCAAAUCCCUGCGACGAGGCAUCGGAAAGAAUGACAGGGUGGAUGACCUUGAAUGGCGGCUCGAGCAGAUGCCUCAAGGACUAGACCAGCUCUACAGUCACAUGUGGAAGCGCAUAGAGGCCGAUCACGCUAUCUACGCUGCCGAAGCUGCCACAUACUUGCAAUUGAUCCUGCACUUUGGCUCAGAUAGUAUGUCUCUACUCCAGCUGGCAGUUGCAAGCGACAAGGAUUUGCAAGAUGCCUAUUUAGAUUCUGGCUGGGAGCAGCCAGAAUCCUGGCAUAACCUGGGCCAGGAUCUCGACAGUGUUAGAUUCGAGACAAGGCUCAUGGCGUGUUGCGCUGGUCUUCUGGAAAUCCGCGAUUGGUACGAUCGUGACGAGCCCGACGACGAGUCUCUAAGCUGGAAUUCCUCCACCGAGGCGUCUCUAGACGGGGAGUCCUCCAAUACGGUGUCACUGAACGCCAGUUUUCUGGGCCUGCAGAGAGAUAGCCCCCUAGCGGAAACCCCUGACCUCCUUCAGCGAUUGGGAGGAUUGCGAGACAUACACGAGAGAACAAGAGUAUCUUUGAUCCACAAAUCGGCCGGAGGGUAUUUUCGCCAAGGCGAUGGCAAGGCGUCCCUUGAUAAGUAUCCUCUGUGCAAGCAGGACAUGCGGAUGAGAGCUUUCAGAGCUGUAGAGGUGCUACUCUUGCUCCUUGUGAUUCCAACCACGCCAGGGGAUGUGACAAAAGCAGUAAAGGGAGCUGAGAUAUCUGACAUACUGCUCUACUUGGUUUCACAAUCAGCUGUCACCCUGCUCUCAGAUCUGGAGCGGAUUUGCGAAAGGCUACAGUUGGUAUACCUGCUGGAUUUUGCACGGUGGCCGCGUGUGGAAGGCUCCAACGCAGUUGACUAUAUGUUGGUCUUUAUGGGCCUCGAUGCUCCUGACUAUACUUCCUUCAAAUUGAAUCAACCAGGAACGAUUCGCUCACAGAAGAACCUCGAUGGGUGGCUCUUUCAAGCUAUCUACAGUUUCUGCAUGUCAAGUCGCGACAGGGAGUACGCCCUGUAUCCACCAUGGCCAAGAGCGGCCACCAACAUUGAAGUGCUUCUCCAAUGCAAAGCGGAUCCAAAUGCUAAGAAACAUCUACAUCUGGCUUCUCCUGGUGCCACAUUGUGGCUCACUUUCCUGGUCAUGAGGCACACGGUAGAAACUGACUGUAAGGUCGACCUGUCCCUUAGAUUGCUGGAAGCGUUCAUGCGUGCUGGCGCCAAUCCAAACGAUUCUUGCAAUCUAUGCCUGACGCCUGAUGACUUUCACACAUCGAGUCGAUGGUCAACCUGGACUAGCAGUGACACUCAAGUCGAGGGCCUCGAAGAUAAGAUCUAUAUGCGGUGGAAUGUUAUGGAUAUUCUUACAUCUUUCGAAUAUGGCAGCGAGGCGUUGGCAUUGAUGCAGGGCUAUGGGGCCCAGUCAUGCUGCGCCAAUGGUGUUUUGUAUCGUGGCCCCAGCUCGUUGAUGUCACUGUCUGAUGAGAACCCUCGAGAGCUUUGGUCUACUUUCAAAUUAGGGUCGUUCAAAGUUGCAGAAUGGCGUUACUUGAAACGGUCCAAGUAUUUUUCAACUUCGAUUGAACCAUGGUUCAGCCUGGAAUUCACGGACUCAGGGCUGGGUACAUACACAGCGGGCUUCGACAAUCGAAAUGAUGCUCUGAGAGCUGCUGGGUGGCAAGAGGAAAGCAUUGAGUGUACGGACAACAUUGAGAGUAUGGGUUUCGAAAGUGGGUUCCUUGAUGGCGCACCAGUAGGCAUCAUUGUAUCUUCGGAGAGACGGCAAAGUCAGCAGCACGGCGCAUGA